AUGGCAUUUGCAUUUUAUAUUGGUUUUGAAGCACGGUCGGAAUCGCUGCAAGGGUGUGUUAUGGACGUGUCCCCCGAUGGGACUAAGUUUUGGACGCCUUCGUGUGAUGAGGCGGUUAGGCUUUUUGAGGGGCAGACUUUUCUUUCUCUCGCUCACGGUAUUGAUUUUUAUCGUCAGAAUAGAGAGGGUGUUGUUGUGAAAGACUUGUUGGUUUGUUCGCGUGAGGGGUUCAAGCAGGCGGUGCAGGGCUCUGUUGUUAUAGAUGCUGCGUCGGAUCAAGCACCUGUGGCUCCGAAGCGCCGGCGUGUUUCAAAUAGGGUGGGUUGCAGAGCGAUGUUGGUGUUGAAGAUGGUUGACGAUGGGGUUUUUGUGGUGCAUUUCAUUGAGCACCGGCAUAAUCAUUGUUUGUGCUCGGAUGUGGCUAAGCCUUUCUUGCGAGAUGCUCAUAUUGUUGUGAAAAAAUAUGUUAAGAAGGUAGGUGAUUGCCCGGAUUAUGUCUUUAGAUAUGAUGUAGAUUCUCAGGAUCAGUUAUGUAGGGCUUUUUGGGCUGACCCUAUUGCGAAGGAAAAUUUUUCAGCUUUUGGAGAGGUGGUGUCGUUUGAUGCAACUUAUGGGACUAAUAGGUAUGGUAUGGUAUUGGUUCCGUUUACUGGUGUUGAUAAUCACAAGAGAGGCGUCACAUUUGCAAUGGGGUUGAUUUCCCGUGAAGAUGUGGACUCUUACGUGUGGCUUCUCCAGCAAUUUAAAAGUGCAAUGGGUUGUGUGCCUAGUUGCACUAUCACUGAUCAAGAUCCUUCGAUGCGGGUUGCAGUCCCACAGGUGUUUGAUACUACGCGGCACAGGUUUUGUAUGUGGCAUAUAAUGUCAAAGGUUAGCGAGAAGGUUGGUAAUGUUCUAUCUAAAGAUGAGGAGUUUCGACGUGCGUUGAAUGAUGUUGCUUGGUGUGAGACGUUGUCCGUGGAGGAGUUUGAGCGGGGUUGGCAGGACGUUAUAGAAAAGUAUAGCCUUGGUGACCACCGAUGGUUUUGUCUUAUGUAUGAGCUGAGAUCGUAUUGGAUCCUUGUGUAUUUUAAUGAUAUUUUCAUAGGUGGUUUGCUUCGCAUGACAUCUAGGUCCGAAGCUGCGAAUAGUGUGUUUGGUAGUUGCACAAACCAGCAUGCUAGUUUGUUUGAGUUGUUCAACAAUUUUGAAGGGGCUAUUGAUGCUCAACGUUUGGCGCAGGCCAAACUGAAUGCCGAAUGUGAGGGCCACUUUCCUUUGUGCCAGAUUCCGUUGUUGAUUGAGAAGCAUGCUGCUGCGGUGUAUACUGUCAAUGUUUUUUAUGAUGUGCAAGCCGAGGUUAUUGCGGGAUCUUUUUCGUGUCGCUCUGUGCGUUCAAAUGUUGAAGGGAUGGUAACCUGGUAUGAGGUUCAAGAUGGUGAUGAACUGGUUUUCAAGGAUCGUAGGGUUGUUUCUAUCCCUUCUCGGUAUUUGAUCGCACGUUGGACAAUGGGGGCUUGUGUGCGGCAGGUGUUGGGUGUUCAAUGUGGGGGCGCUUCGGAGGUAGAUGUCGCAAUUGGUGAAGCGUGGGCUGAUUUUUUUUCGUGCGUGACCAUGGCAUCACGGAGUGUUGAUCAUGUUUCCAAGUUGAAUGCAGCUUUGAAAGAUUUCAAUGCUUUUUUAUUGGCUGAGAAUGGUCCUAGCGUUCGCUCUUCUUCUUCUAAGAAGCAACUUUUUGAGUCGUUUUGCGGUGCUUCGCCUGAUGGUCAAGUUGAUGUUCGUCCUCCUCCAAUCUCUAAUAACAAGGGUGGUGGCAAACGUUACAAAAGUACAAGGGAAUUAGCUAUUGAAAAGUCGGGUCAUCGCCAACGCCAAUGCCAAACGUGUGAAAAGUAUGGGCAUAAUAGUCGUACCUGCCCGAUGCGCAACGUUGACGUAUGA